UUAUCGAUCUGGUUCGGUCCGAUGUGGACAUGCGUUUAACGUUAUAACUUCAUUGUGACAAAUGCCCUGUUCGGGGUAUCCUGUUUUUUUUUGAGUGUUCAUCGUUCGGAUAAAUUUUUUCAUUGAUUCAAAUAAAUUCUAGAAUAUUAUCGUCGUCUAGAACGCAAUGUAAAAUCCGAUUUGUGAUGAUGGACGUCAUAAAAGUUCAUUGAUCGAACAACGAAUUAUUUCUCUCUCUCUCUCUCUCUCUCUUUCUCUCUCUCUCUCUCUCUCUCUCUCUCUCUCUCUUUCUCUCUCUGUCUAUCUCUCUAUCUGUCUUUCUCUCUCUAGUGUCUGCAACAUGUGCCUUUUCUAUCUGUAAGAAUCCCGUCUCGAAUAAAUAACGAUGACUGCCAUGAUCGAGGACAUACAAGCUCUACAAACUCUAACGAUUCAUACUAGCGACGUAAAUAGCGUCGAUUUUGCUGGCGAUUGUAUCCUGGUAACUGGAUCGGGGGAUAAACGUGUAAGAGUAUGGGAAUGGCAGAAUGGUACAGGCUAUGUCGAAGCUUUCUUUUCACCACUUUUAGGUCACAAAUAUGGGGUAACUUCGGUUAAAGUUAGUCCACAAUCGACCAUGUUAGCUUCUUCUAGUAUAGAUGGUACUACAUUGCUAUGGAAUUUAAGGACGGGAACGAAGAUACACACGAUGGUACAAGUUGGCGGAGAAUCCGUAAGAAUUUGCAGAUUUUCUCCGGAUUCAACAUUGUUAGUUACAGCUGGAGAUAACGGACAAAUUUGUCUUUGGGAUUUGAUACAUCGUACUUUGAUCAGAUCAUUUCAGAAACACGAAAGUGCCGUGCAGGGAGUAUGUUUUACACCCGAUUCAAAUUGGUUACUCACAACUUGCACAUUCGGCGUUAUGAAUCUAUUCUCCACAGCCGAAAUGAUUGAUCCUAGCGUGUCUAAUAGUCAAUCAGUAACCGUGUUUGCCUCGAUAGACGACGCUCAUGAUCUUGGUGUAGUGUCUUGUGAUUUUUCAAUCUCACAAGAGGUAACGGGUACAGGUAAUGAGUCAUUUACCAAAGUUUAUCAAUUGGUUACCUGCGGCAAUGAUCACAACGUAAAACUUUGGGAGGUCAUUGUGAUUCAAGAAAAAUCCGAAGCCCAGCCAAAUUCUGCCACUAUAAAUCUUUACAGGGUAAUGGAAAAGCACAGCAGUGCCUUAACUUGCGUAAGAUUUAGUUCCAACGGAUUAUACAUUGCUAGUAGUAGUCUUGAUAAAACAUCAAUAAUUUGGGAGACGAAUACAGGAAAAAUACGUAACGUGUUAGCGAAACACAAUAGAUACGUCGCGUGUUGCGCUUUUUCGAGAGAUGGAAAUCUUCUUGCAACUGGUUCUAACGAUAAGUCAGUUAUUGUGUGGGAUCUAACAGGACACCUAACUAUCGAUUCUGAACUUAUACGACACGGUGUUCCUAAGUUAUUAUUAAGUGAACGUGGAAAGAAUGCUAUACACGAGCACGAUGUAGUACAGAAUGCGGAAUCAUCUGGGAACGAAGUGAAAUUAAUUCAGAGGAUUGACGAUCAUGGUGGGGCGGUCAAUGGCGUUGCUUUUUAUGGGAAUCAUUUGAUAGCUUCUGUUUCAGGGGAUAAAUUGGUACGUGUAUGGGGUAUUGAAAAAAAUGAGGAAGACGAGGAGGAUAUGAGAUUUCAAGAGAAAUCUUUCAGUCCUUUGGAAGGCCAUAAGUAUAGCGUAAAUUACGUAGAAUUUAGUCCUUGCGGUACGAUGCUUGCCUCGUGUUCAUUGGACGGUACCACAAUAGUUUGGAACACUGAGAACGGUGGACAUGCAAGAGGAUCGUUCGUUAAUUCUGGAUCGGGGCUUCGCGUUUGUCGUUGGUCUCCAGAUGGUACCAAAAUAGCAACAGCUGGGGACGAUGAAAAAACAACAUUAUGGAACAUGGAUAGUAUGGAACACUUACAAUUAUCUUUUAGAAUUUUCGAAGGUCAUGCCGAUGCGAUUACAUCUAUAGCGUUUACCCACGAUUCGCGUUAUUUGGCAACAGCUUGUAACGAGGGUACAUGGAGAUUGUUCGAUAUUCUUAAUGAAAAAACAGAAUCAGCAUUAUUGGUUUGCGACGAAGCGCAUGAUUUGGGUGUACAAGGAUGCGACUUUAGUCCAACUGGUUCUAUAGGCGCUAGAGGUGACUCUAAUUUGAAUAACAACAAACAGACAUAUCUAUUAGCGACAUGUGGAAACGAUUCUCUCGUUAAAUUAUGGCAAUUAACUAUUUCUAAUAAGGAAGAUGAUUCUAUAGAUUGUAUGGGAACAAGCGAUUGUAAUAUUAACUUCAAAGAAAAAAGAACAUUCGCCGGUCAUGGUGGUAAUGUUAUGGACGUACGUUUCUCUCCGAUUCAUGGAGAAAUUUUAGGAAGCGUUGCUACCGAUAGGACAGCACGUAUAUGGAGCAUCUUUUCCGGAGCUUGUUUAUACGUUCUCGAAGAUCACGAAAGUCUCGUAACGUCAUGCGCAUUCUCCGAAGAUACAUCUUUAUUCAUUACAGGCUCAUUAGACAAGACCGUUUUAGUAUGGAGGAUACCUCAUCAAUUGGUAUCUCAAAGUAUAUUGAUCGAUAGUUUAAAACAAAAUAGAAAAAAGUUAACUGAUUGGAGGAUCGACGACACUUUGAAAUGGUUGAAUGAAAUAGGAUUAUCAAAAUUAAUGAAAAGAGCUCAUACAUGUGUAUUAACGGGACGACAAUUGUUGAGUAUUCCGGUCCAUGAAUUAUUAAUUAAACUCGAUCUCGAGAACGACGAGGAGAUGGCCGAAAUAUUCAAGAAACAAUUGUACUGGUUAAAAAAAGAGGACGCUAAUGCAAUGGAGAUCUCGGACGAAACAGAAAUACCCUAUGAAUUUUUAUGUCCCAUAACACACGAGAUAAUGAAAGAACCAGUUCAAUGUUCAGAUGGAUUUACGUAUGAGAGAGCGGCCAUAAACGAAUGGUUCUUGUGUGGUAAAUAUACAAGUCCGAUGACGAAUGAACCAUUACACGAUACUACUUUUACACCAAACAUUAAUCUGAGAAAUGCAAUAUGUAUACUUCUUCAUGGUAACGAGCCGGAAUAAUAUAUUUUUAAGAUAAAUCAGUUCUGUCAAUAAUCUUUGAAAAGAUAAAUUCUAAUUCUUUUUAUUAUUAGCUGAGUAUAUACAUAUACAAGCAUUUACACAUAAUCUAAAAAGACGAGGAUACAAUACACAUAAUGUAUUUACAUCAUAUAUGCUGUUAGUGGACCAAUCGUAUUAUACAUUGUACAAUAAGCAAGUCUUGAAAUAUUUUCAGUUGUUAUAAACUUAUUCUAAUCUUUAUUAAUUAUGUCAAUAUGCAUUUGUAUUUUUAUAUUGUUAUUAUGAAAUACGUUAAACGUAUUUUACUGAAGUAUUAUUGGAAAACAAAAGAUAUAGAAAACAUAUAGAAAAAUCAAACAUGAUAAUCAUGAUUACAUCGCCUGUGUGUAUAUAUGUAUAUAUAUAUACACAGUAAUUAUAUUGCAAAACUAAUAAGAGCGAAAUGGUCCACAGUAUAAUUCAUUAUGUAUAGUAUCAUAAAAGGAAACAAUAUGUAAAUGAUUUAGGAUUUCAUUUA